AGGCUUCCGGUCGGCUCUUUGCGGCGAGGAUUAAAUUUCUUUUGUGCUCGUCGAUUCACCUACGAUAAACGGGAUCCCGACCCCUCGAGCGAUCAACCCGUGCUACCACAACCCUUCGGAGCCGCUAAGCUAACCGGUUUCGCUGCGCUCAUGUCGAAGGUUAUUAGAACUGUCAAGAAUGUCACUAAAGGCUAUUCUUCGACACAGGUCAAAGUUCGAAACGGUAACCUACCACCACCAUCACGCUCCUGCAAUCAAUCUUUGAAACGACCCAUUAAUUGACAAGUCUGCGAUUAGCCACAAGCAAUGAUCCAUGGGGUCCCACAGGGACAGAAAUGGGCGAUAUCGCUCGUAUGACUUUUGAAACGUGAGUUGGGCCUCUCUAACCCCGCAGCGGUUCCAAGACAAAAAUUUUGUUACCACGUAUCUGGGUCCUGGAGGCGGCCUGUUUGCUAAUCUGUUGUCCAGAACACAUGAAUUCUUCGAGAUCAUGGACAUGCUGGAUAAGCGGCUAAACGAUAAGGGAAAGAAUUGGAGACAUGUUUUGAAGGCGCUGAAGGUCCUGGAUUACUGUUUACAUGAGGGUUCUGAACAUGUUGUUGUCUGGGCGAAAGAUAAUAUCUACAUUAUCAAGACCCUAAGAGAGUUUCAAUUUAUUGAUGAGGAUGGAAGGGACCAGGGUUUGAAUGGUAUGUGCAAGCUCUUGCUCCCUCCCUCUCUUUGUUUUUUAAUUUUUCUUUCGGGAGUGUUUUAUUGACGCUCUGGGGAAUAGUCCGAAUAUCUGCUAAAGAGCUCACCUCCUUGAUCAUGGAUGAGGACCGCUUGCGCAACGAGCGUAAAGACCGCAAGUCUUGGAAAUCCAGGGUUACAGGUAUUGAGGAUUAUGCUUCCUCGGAGGGUCAGCCUCCUCGCCAGGAAGUGGAACGGAGGCGCCAGCGUCCGACCUCGGGCACACAGACAAGCAGCAGACAAGAUGAAGAGGAUUUGGAAUAUAGGCUUGCAAUUGAAGCAAGCAAGAACCAGGCUGAAGAGGACAAGAAGCGGAGUGCGAACAAACAGCCUGACCUUGACGACGAUCUAGCGAAAGCAAUCAAGUUGAGCAAGGAAGAAGAGGAGCUUAGACAAAAGGAGCUAGAGCAGAGCAAUGCGGAUUCCUUGUUCGAUGAUGCCACCCCCACCCAGUCACAACCACGGACGUUCCAGCCUGCCGGGCACCAAUCGCAGCAGUACCAGCAGCUUGACCAAGUGGAUUUCUUUGGGAAUCCCAUCGGUCAAGCUCCGUUGCAGCAGCAGAAUACUAGCUAUCUGGCAAAUGUAUACUCAAACCCUACCGGAUUUCCUCAACAACAGUUCCCACAGCCAACUGGAUAUGACCAAUCUCAAAUGCAGUUUGGAGUCGCUCAGGCUAGCUCUUAUGCUCCGCCUUCUUCCUUGAGUCCUCAGCAGACAAACUUCAUGCAACCUGGGGAUAACAACCCGUACGCCAAUGGCCCAGCUGCUCAACCUCUCCAGCCUUUGCCUACUGGCUCCAAUAAUCCAUUCGCUCCAAAGAUGAGCAAUUUCAACGCUGCGACGGCUCCACCCAUGCCUAGUUUAGACUCGAUGCGUGUACUCCAAGAGCAGCAACGGCAGCAGCAACAACAGCAACAACAGCAACAACAGCAACAACAGCAACAAGAGCAACAGAGGCAGCAGCAAUUACAACAACAGCAGCAACAGCAAUUCCAACUUCAGCAGCAGCAGCAGGCGCAGGCUUACAAACAACUCUCUUUCCAUAACCAGUCUAUGCAAAAUGAGAAACCAAUCAAUCCACAGCACGCCCGCCUGGAAAGCCUUCUCGCGGCAGGUAACGACAACGGGCUGGAUACAUACGGAAACGUAGGCAACCUCCGUAUCCCAGCUCAACAUACCGCUCCUGGCACUUUUGUAAAUUCCGCAGGAACAUCCCGCACUGGUCGAACACUCGCCCCCCAGAGUACAGGAACGAACCCAUUCUUUAACCAGCAGUUCACAGGAGUCCCACAGUCCACCGGGUUCGGGAACUCGCUCUCCCCGCAGCCUAACAGGCUCCUGCCUUCCCACACCGGUCCUGCUGGUAUGAACGGGUAUGGUACUAGUAGUUUUGGCCAACAACAACAGCCGGAUCCGUACGCUUCCGGUUUUGGACAACCGCAACAAAAACCGCAGGGUGGGAAUUUGAUCGACCUGUGAUCCAUCUACGGCAGUGGUUGUCUGGAUUGUAUGAUCGAUAUUGUGGGGAGGGCGUUGGGUAUUCCGGGUGCCGCAGGUAUCAGAGGAAGGAAAUAGUAAACAGGGAAUAGUAGAUGGGAUUAAGGUUACUGCGGCGCGCGGACCGGGGGGGAGGGUGGAAAUAGAAUUUUUUUGUGAAGGUGGAGCCAUGUUUUGUAAUGCAG